GUGAAUGUUCGUGUUACUUCGUUAGACUCAGAAUUGGAGUUUGCAAUUCAGCCCAAUACAUCAGGCAAGCAGCUAUUUGAUCAGGUUUGCAAAACGCUUGGUAUCAGAGAGGUUUGGUAUUUCGGAUUGAGAUUUUUAGACUCAAAGGGUCAACUUUCUUGGCUAAGAUUAGAAAAAAAGGUAUCGGCACAAGACAUCAAAAAAGAAGUUCCACUUCAGUUUAAAUUCAGAGUAGAAUUUUUUCCUGAAGACGUAUCAGAGGAAUUAAUUGAAGAUGUAACACAGAAACUAUUCUUCUUGCAAGUUAAGGAAGGGAUUAUAAAUGACGACGUAUAUUGCCCCCCAGAAACUGCUGUUCUUCUAGCUUCUUACGCUGUUCAGGCAAAAUUUGGCGAUUACGAUAAGGAUACUCACAAAGAUGGUUAUCUUAGCAACGAAAAGCUCCUACCUAAAAGAGUACUAGAUCAGCACAAAUUGGAUAGUAGGCAAUGGGAAGAAAGAAUUUCCAAUUGGCAUUCGGAACACAAGAAUAUGCUUAAAGAAGAAGCAAUGAUGGAAUAUUUAAAAAUCGCUCAAGACCUGGAAAUGUACGGCGUUAAUUACUAUGAUAUUAAAAAUAAAAAGGGCAGUGACUUAUGGCUAGGUGUUGAUGCCCUUGGCAUUAAUGUAUAUGAACACGAAGAUAGGUUAACCCCUAAGAUCGGAUUUCCGUGGAGUGAAAUUAGAAAUAUAUCGUUUAGUGAGAAAAAGUUUGUCAUUAAGCCAAUCGAUAGAAAAUCUCCAGACUUUAACUUCUACGUUCCGCGCGUAAAAUUGAACAAACAUAUCUUGGCUUUGUGCAUGGGGAACCAUGAAUUGUUUAUCAGACGUAGAAAACCUGAUACUGUGGAAAUUCAACAGAUGAAAACUACUGCUAAGGAUCUUAGAAAUGCGAAAAGAUCGGAAAAAGCACAGUUUCUGCGAGAACAACAGGCACGUUUAGAUGCGGAAAAGCAGCGCCUUGAGCUUGAAGAGAAAAUGAAAAAAUUUGAAGAGGAUCAAAAGAUCGUUCAAAAUAGUUUAAAGAAAACUGAAGAAGGUUCUAAGGAAUUGGCUGAAAAAGCCCGUAAGGCUGAAGAGGAAACAAGGAGAUUGGAAGAAAUUAAGAAACAGAUUGAAGAAGAGAAGAAAAAAUUAGAAAAAAUAGCUGCGGAAGACAGAGAACGCUUGUUAGAAAAAAAUGAAGAAAUUAAGCGUCUGUCAGAAGCUGCUGCACGUGCAGAAGAAGCCGUAGCAAUGGCUGAAGAAGCGGCUGCAAAAGCUGCCGAAGAAGCACGCGCACGUGCUGCCGAAGAAGCGUAUCAAAAUAAUAACUUAGCUGAGCCGCAGUAUGAAGAAGGAACUGAUGCAGGCUCAUCGCAAUUAAUAGAUGAUGAGACUGACGAAGUACCCAUGACACAAGAAAUCGAUCGCGUUGCUUUAGCUGAAAGGAAUAAAAGAUUGAUGGAGCAGUUGAAGCUCCUCGGUAACGAGCUCAUCGGUAUCCGGGAUAAUUCCAAAGAUACCACAAUGGAUCACCUACAUGCUGAAAAUGUCAAGCAGGGCCGCGAUAAAUACAAGACUCUAAAACAAAUAAGACAAGGAAACACUAAAAAAAGAGUCAACGAUUUUGAACAGUUAUAG